CGGGUAUCGUGUAGCAUUAUAUUGAAAGAUGAAUCUAGUAGCACCCGGAUUGUGAGUUGGUGAAGAUCUCGUCAGUAUACUUUCUGAGGGCUUCAUCAUCUUGGAAAUUUUCGUUUCGUUUUAUUUGAAUUUUCUCAUAAUUUAUAUUUGGUGAUUAAUUUGUUAUGAAUUAAUUGACGGAAUGAAAUUGUGAUUCCUCAUAUUUCUUAUUGAAUAAGGCCUUUACGUGAUUCCAAAAGUAUAGUAGACGAAGAUUCAAUAGCACACAGCAACCAUUCGAAGAUAUAAUACUGAGUUUGAAAAAUCAUGGGAACAUUUUGGAGUAAAUUUUGGGGCCAGUCCGGUGCACCGGACAUUGUUGAUCCUUCUACAGGAAUGACUGCACGUGAGAAAAGACUUGUGCAGAAUACGUGGGUUAUUGUGAGUAAGGAUCCCGUGGCCUCUGGUGUUGCUAUAAUGACAUUAUUCUUCGAACGAUAUCCCGAGUAUCAGGCAUUAUUCUCAGCUUUCAGGGACGUACCGAGAGAAGAACUUCCAGCGAAUAAAAAAUUUCAGGCACAUUGCGCCAGUAUCAUUACGGCAUUGAACUCGGUUAUAGAUGCGUUGAAUGACGAUGGAUUACUUGAGGCAACACUUGUGGCAAUUGGAGAGAGACACAGACGACGUGGCCAGACGACGGAACACUUUCUGAAUCUUAAGCAGGUAAUUAUGGAUAUCCUUCGUCAAGCUCUGAGUUCGAAAUUCACCGAGGAAACCGAAGAAGCUUGGAAGAAAACUAUUGAAGCGGCCUACACCCACAUUUUCAACGGUCUUCGAGUGUCCACAUAAUUUUUAAUCUCAUAAACGAUAAAAAAAAAUAUCAUUAUUAAUAAAUUGUAACGAAAAGAAGUACUUUUUUACACAUAAUAUGUCACAUUUGAACGACCAUAUUCGGUGCCAUAUUUUGAGGUACUUCGAGGUGCGUUCCUUCAUGGUGCGAAAGAGUGGUUUGGAUAGUGAUACCAGUUACCUAUGAUUCGAAACUAUUUCGACUAAUUACUCAAUCUUAUUUUCUUAUGAACUUCAACAAUUCAUCUCUAAACUGAAGCAGUACGCGUUUUCUCAGAAAAAAAAACUGUAACUCUUUUUAGUAAGCAUAGAUCAGCAUUAUAAAAAUGUGUUGAAAACUUUUUCUGUUGCUGACAAGAUCAUAAUCAAAAAAUUCUUCACAGUUCUCGUUUAAAAAAUCGAAUUACCCAAAGAAUUACUGUACUUCAUUUAUAUAUCUUCCUCUAGUAGUAAAGAAAGAUAAAUAAGUAAUAGUCUGGCCGAAAUCUGAAGAUCAUUGGUUAAAGGUUUAAGAGGUCCUGAGUACCAUUCAAAAAGUUUGCUAGUAAGGUCAACAAACGUGAGUUUUGGGAAGAAUAUUAUGCAAAUUAACCUUUCUUGAUUUUCCAACGUAUCACUUGCCCAACGUGAUGAUUUGAAACACAUUCUGAAUAAUAAAUUAUCAAUACUUAAGCUAGGAAACGUGUACGAUGUGAUCGUUGUCGAUAAUUGGGCAUAAAUUAUCAAGUUAUUUGAAGAAUUGAUUUUUCGAAUUUCAGCUUUGGAGAUUAUCUCCUUCUGAUACCAAUUUCAAUUAUCUACUUACUACAAAAGUUCCUUAAAGGGACAUUGUCUAGAAAUUCCGAAGUGGUCCGGUGUUGUAGAGAUAAUUGUUCAAGUUCAUAAUCCGAGUAAUAGAUGGAAAUAAUAUGUAACAAGUGGAAAAUCGCUUUCGUCAAAGCAUAGACAAUAUAUUUUUGCUAAUAAAUUGAGAAUUUUUUUCCGAAUGGAAUUUC